CAAACUAGCUAUACAAGAUAGCUGUUAACAUCUCAAACAAGAUAUAGUUGCUACAGCUAUUGAACUAUUACAUACUGCUGAAAAUGAGAGUCCUUGUAUUGUGUAUGAGCUGCCUGUGUCUAUGGCUGGGGAAGCUCAGUGUACUGGUGUCUGCAGACUAUGUAGUACAAGUGGAGCUGGUCUCCUACAGUCAUCCAUCCAAUACCCGCUCUGAUGGUCAAUGUUGUGAUCCAGGCAAUGGUGUACCAUGUAGGGGAGGGGAGCGUUGUGACACCUACUUCAUCUACUGCCUGAUGCCACGUACCAGUACUGCUACAGGGUGUCCCAAUAUAGUUACUGAUCCCGGAUUUACUGUAGUUAGUACCUUGAUUGAUGAUGGGGAUAACAUUGAUUCCUUACAUCCUCGUGUAUUCAAUCUGACUGGAAUAACGACAGCCUGGGAGGGAGCUCAGUUUUACAUACAAGUGCUGGAUUAUGAUAAUGGACCAGUUGAUGUUAUUGUAAGAUAUCGAUUUGAUCUAAGUCUCUCAGUUGGAUUGACUAACACAUUAAUGAGUACAUCAAAUACCGGGCCUUCUAUCACUCUGAGAGCUACUGUGCUAUGUACUCCAUUCUACUCUGGAAACAGUUGUGACAUCUUCGAUCACUGUGAGUCCGGAUCCAAUGCUGUCACAUGUAGUGACCGAGGAACGUGUAUCAAUGGAUUUACUAGUUUCACUUGCAACUGUAACUGUCCCUAUUUCGGUGCAAACUGUGAGCGUCAAAACUUUUGCUUUGACAGAAAUUGCAAUGGGAGAGGAACGUGUACAAACGGCCUUGAUUCCUACACCUGUGUCUGCAAUGCUGGCUACACUGGUGCUGAUUGUGAGGAUGAUAUUGAUGAGUGCUUGCUAAUGGAGAGGGUGUGCAGUGGUCACGGCAACUGCUCUCAAGGAAUAGCAACCUUCACCUGCUCAUGUGAUCCUGGCUACACUGGACAGAGAUAUGAGACUGACAUUGAUGAUUGUAGGAACUGCAAUGGAAAUGCGUUGCGUGGUGCUCUAGGGGAUCUGAUAGGAGGAAUGGUGGGAGGUCUCCUAGUGCUGAUGCUGAUACUCCUGCUCCUGAUAGUGGUCGUGGUGGUGUGUGCACGGAGGAAAGCUCAGGGGAAGACCAUUCAAGACACUCAGUUUCAAGGAGACAAUCCAGUGCAUGGGAUUCCUAAGAGCAGGACUAACAGAACAAACACCAUCACUUCAGAAACAGCUGAGUUUGACAACCCUAUAUAUGGCAGCCAGGAAUCACUCAACGAUGCAGAAUUCGUCAAUGCAAUUUAUGGAGAUGCAGAUUUCGAGGACAUACCUUAUGAACUGUCCCCUGACACUAUGACACUUGUAGUACCUACAUGUGUAUGACAAUGCAUAAUUAUAUAUAAAUUGAGCUGUACAUCCAGUUUCUAG